CGGGGGUGAGGUGGCGGCCGUACUCCAACCCACACCUCCGGGCGUCCCUCGGCACCUUCGGCCCUACAGCCACGACGCCACCCCCGGGCCCGCCCCGCGGAGGGAGCGCAGCGCUCGGCGGAGACAGAAGCCAGGGACGGAGCGGAGAGCGGUACACAGAGCCCGGGCUCCCCCGGCCCCCUCAGAGCCUGGAGCUGAGGACACAGUCUGCUUGGAGCCAAAUCUUGUCUAUGUGUGUGUCAUUUUGUCUCUUUUAAUACACUGCCCUGACUUGCUUGCUGUGAAGGGAGUAUGCAUCUGGAGAUUAAAGUUGCCCUUAACUUCAUCAUCUCAUACCUGUACAACAAGCUUCCUCGGAGGCGGGCAGACCUGUUCGGUGAGGAGCUAGAGCGCCUGCUGAAGAAGAAAUAUGAGGGUCACUGGUACCCAGAGAAGCCUCUGAAGGGCUCAGGCUACCGCUGCGUUCAUAUUGGGGAGACGGUGGACCCAGUAGUGGAGCUGGCGGCCAAGCGGAGCGGGCUGGCCGUGGAGGAUGUGCGUGCCAACGUGCCGGAAGAACUGAGCGUCUGGAUCGAUCCUUUCGAGGUCUCCUACCAGAUCGGUGAGAAGGGCUCCGUAAAGGUCCUCUACCUGGAUGACAGCGAGGGCUGCAGCGCUGCUGAGCUGGACAAAGAAAUCAAAAGCAGCUUCAACCCUGACGCCCAGGUAUUUGUCCCCAUUGGCAGCCAGGACAACUCGCUGUCCAACUCUCCAUCCCCCUCUUUUGGCCAGUCACCGAGCCCCACCUUCAUCCCUCGCUCUGCCCAGCCCAUCACCUUCACCACUGCCACAUUUGCUGCCACUAAGUUUGGCUCCACCAAGAUGAAGAAGGGCGGAGGGGCCGGAGGAGGGGGUGGCGGCGCAGGGGCCACGCAGCAACCGCGGAUGGUCAGGUCGCCCACUACCAACCUGCUGAAGCACAAGGGCCUCUCCCUGUCCAUGCACUCUCUGAACUUCGUCGGGAGCGCUGGGAGCCAAGCCCCGCAGUCGCAGCUCUCCCCCAAUGCCAAGGAGUUCGUUUACAGCGGCGGCUCGCCAGGGGCCAGCAGCCUAUUCUUCGACGGUGUUGCCAGUGAGAGCCAGGCCAGCAUCCCUCCAGCAUCGCAGUUCAAUGCUGGCACAGGCAGCACCUUUGAUAUGGCUCAGGUCUUCGGCGGCAGCACCAACAACCUCUUCUUGGAGAAGUCUCCCUUUGUGGAAGGACUCAGCUACAACCUGAACGCCAUGCAGUAUCCCAGCCAGUCCUUCCAGCCCGUUGUCCUGGCCAACUGAAUGCAGGGAAGGAGAGUAUUGGGGCAGGGGAGGGAGGGGGGGAACAACAACAACAACAAAAAAACACACGGGGAGAGAAAACAGAAAUAUACAGAAAAUAUUCAAAUCUUAUAAAUAUAGCUUCUUGGAAAAAGAGAGAACCCAGUGUUGUUGCGCUGUGCUGGCAACGCUCCUGAAGCACUGACUUGUUUUUUUUAAAUUCAGUCCCUGUGCUUUUUCUCCUACUCACUUUUUUACUCUUUAAAUGAGUCUCUGGUCUCUUGGGUUGUGUUCCCCCUUCCCCAGCCCCAGAUCGGCACAGGUGUAGGUCACAGUGCUCCCUUUUCACUCCCACCUGGCUGUAGGAGGGGCAGGCAGGAUGAGGUGGGCUUGCUUUGCUGUUACUGCUGUGUGUGUGGGAGGAGAGCAUCUCAUGUGCUUGGAGGUUCAUACUGCUGCACUGCUGUUGCUCCAGGCUAGCAUCCAGUUCUGUCUGUGCUGAGAAGCAUCUGCUGUCCCCUCUCAUCUCCAGCUAUGGGAGGACAGCAGUCCCCUUUGCGCACCGAUCAAGAGGCUUUUCUGUGCCCUUCUGGGGUUGGUUCAGAGGAUAGCCCUGCAGCAUAGAAGCACUGCAGGUCUGUCCCUGUGUGAGGAGGUGGUGCUGAGCUGUUGGAUCCUGUCCCUUCCUGGUGGACACCCUACCUGCAGGGCUGAGCAUUCACUCAUGAUCCUUUGGUCCUAGGUUUUGAGCUCUUGUUGCCGGCUGUGGAUUUGUCUUCAUCUUGGAGAGGGGAUUUUUUUCAGUAGUUAGAGGCAGCACUAUUUUGGAGAAGAAAAGGGCUAUGUUGUUGAAGCUGCUGUCUUGAGCGGUGGUAAGUGGUCUACAGGUCACUUCUGUGCCAGGGUCUGCGCCCCCAGGUGGGGCUGGAGGACCCUUGGGUGUGAAGGAGCCUCCUUGGAGGCUGUGGUGGGAGCACG